ACCCCCCUCAUGUCAGGUGCAUUUUACCAGUAGGUCUAUGGUCUCAUGAGUCUUCUCAAGUCCCCCUGUGGAUAGGCCAUGUUUCAAAGGGACCUAGCUCUGACCCUUAGGCACCUCUGGUUUCCCCUCCAAGAUCUGGUGCAUUAGUGCUGGUGCAUUUUCCAACUAAAACAGUUUCAUAAUGGACAAGUUCAGUAUGGUGCCUGUGAAGCCCCAUGUUGGUGUUCCUCUUUCCUGAACUGGUCUGCACAGCAACUCCUAGAGCCAACGCGCCUUUCCUGGGGUCGACCCGAUUCCUGCCUGUUCCGAGUCAGAAAGUCCAAAACUCUGAAGAAUCCUGUAUUAGAAUUUCCAGAUGGUGUGGGUGUUCAUCAUGAACCGGAUUGGUUCUCAGAGCAGCACGGUGGCCCAGCAGAGACGCAUGGCCCUGGGGGUAGUCAUCCUCGUGCUGGUGGACAUCAUCUGGGUUGCUUCCUCUGAGCUCACCUCAUACAUAUUCAAGCGGCAGGAGUACAAUAAGCCCUUCUUCAGCACGUUCACCAAGACCUCCAUGUUUGUGCUGUACCUGCUGGGGUUCCUGCUGUGGAGGCCAUGGAGGCAGCAGUGCACGGGCAGUCUCCGGGGACGACACGCAGCCUUUUUUGCUGAUGCCGAGGCCUACUUUACCCCCUGUAUCAACGACACCAGUUUGAAUGACCAUACCUUAAGUGAACCCCUGUACGUUCCUGUGAAGUUUCAGGACCUUCCCACAGAACAGACAAACUGUGCCAAUGAAGACUGUGAUUCCACCUCUAAAAAACAGCGGGUGCGCUUCAGCAACAUCAUGGAGGUGCGCCAGCUCCCGUCCACACAGGCCCUGGAAGCCAAGCUGUCCCGCAUGUCCUUCCCCGCCGCCAAGGACCAGGAGGCCGUGCUCCGCACUGUGGGCAAGUUCACCGUCACCGACGUGGCCAAGAUCAGCUUCUUCUUCUGCUUUGUGUGGUUCCUAGCCAACCUCUCCUACCAAGAGGCCCUGUCUGACACUCCGGUUGCCAUAGUGAACGUUCUGUCCUCCACUUCAGGUCUCUUCACCCUCAUCCUGGCGGCCGUAUUUCCCAGUAACAGCAGUGACCGCUUUACUCUGUCCAAGCUUUUAGCUGUGGCUCUGAGCAUGGGAGGAGUGGCUCUGGUCAGUUUUUCCAGCAUGGACAGCCCCGAUGGGAACGGUGCUACAGGCUCCCUGUGGUCGUUGGCUGGGGCUGCGCUGUACGCCGUCUACAUCGUCAUGAUCAAGAGGAAGGUGGACCGGGAGGACAAGCUGGACAUCCCUAUGUUCUUUGGAUUUGUGGGGUUGUUCAACCUGCUCCUCCUAUGGCCAGGCUUCCUUGUGCUUCACUACACAGGCUUUGAGGCCUUUGAGCUGCCCAGCAAGCUAGUGUGGACCUACAUCCUCAUCAACGGCCUCAUCGGCACUGUGCUCUCCGAGUUCCUCUGGCUCUGGGGCUGCUUCCUUACCUCCUCCCUCAUAGGCACUCUGGCCCUCAGCCUCACCAUCCCACUGUCCAUCAUAGCAGACAUAUGCAUGCAGAAGGUGAGUUUCUCCUGGCUGUUUUUCGCUGGAGCGGUUCCCGUCUUCCUCUCCUUCUUCAUCGCCACUCUGUUAUGCCACUACAACAACUGGGACCCCGUCAUGGUGGGGCUACGAAGAGUGUUUGCCUUCAUAUGCCGCUCGAAACAUCGGAUUCAAAGAUUGCCAGAGGACAGUGAACAGUGUGAAAGCCUUAUUCCCUUACACACUGUCUCCCAUGACAACGAAAGCUUCUGCUUGUGAUCCACCAGCCAGUCACAGGAUCGUGAAUACAGCGCGGAGCGGCUUGCUGAAGUGACAAUCUUGAAGCAACCAAACAGAGACCUUGAACUACCCCCAGUGCCUCUUAUUCAACCUAUUUAUUCUCUGCCGUGUGGAAUUGACGCUCCAUCUCUACAAGAUGAACUCUUUUUACUUUGUACAGCGUUGAUGCGACUCGUCGUUGACUGAGAUUGUGUGUUUUGCUGUGUUGAAUGUGUAAAAAGAAAAACUUGACGGUACUGAAGAUGCCGGCCUUUUUAUCAAUGAUUCAUAGUGUCAUGUGGCCACUUCAAAAUGCCACACGUUUAAAUAAUCGGACAGAGUGGUUUCAUAAGGAAAAGAGCAAGGUUGUUAUUCCCGUGGCAGCGAUUUUUAACAAUGAAAGGGUCGCUGCUUGUUCACAGGAGUAGGUUUGGGAGCAGGCAAAAUUAAUUCUCGUUAAUGUAGAAAUAGUAUGGGUGGAACAAGUCGGUCAUGGAUUUGAUCAUCAGGCUAUUAGGUGAUUUACACAUCUGAUGUAGAGAUCUUGGCGUAUUCACAAAUAGUCUCAGAGUUAAAGUAUUGAUAAAGGAUCCGUUUUGCCUUUUUAGAUCAUAAUGAAUAAGAUUAUAUAGACAGGGAGGACCUGUCCCUUGAUCAGCACUGCUACUCUGAGACACAGAGUAGUAGUUCCUGUGAACAAGCAGUCUCAGAAGUUUGAGAGUAGGAGACGGCACUACAGCCUAUGAACUACCGCAUUUGAUUUCUCCCCCAUAUUCUACAUCUCUCCAUCUCUGGCCCCUGGCAGCCAGGUAAUGCUGGAUCAUGAAGGCAAACUGUGAUGAAGCCUUUUGUGUGUUAGAAUGGGAACGAACAUUAACCCCUCGACUAAGCUAAGCUGCUAUACAGAAGUUAUAAUGCUGUUGCCUUUCCAACCGAAAACAGUAACCAUCUCAAAACAGGUCUAAAUACUGUACUACGCCAUGAAAUUCGAAUGAAGUAUUCUUACUUUAGUUUGUGUUUUGAAAAAUGACUACUACAAAGACCCUCUGAGUAUCUAGCCUUCGUGUUCUCCAAAAAAUGGUUUACUCCAAUGUUUUUUGUUCUUUUAAAGUCUUGACUGUUAUGACACUAAAAAGGAUUUAAGACAGACCAAGUACAUGGAUUUUCCAGUAUGUUACAGAAGCACUAUUUUUCAUCCAAUUAGAUUCCCAUAGUCGUAAAUAGAAAAUGUUAUUGCAUCUGAGAUUAUUCAUACCACUUCGCUGGGUAUUGCAGAGCUACGAACGGGGACCUGAUCUGAUUGAAUAUCUUUCACCUGUUGAAAACGGACAAUUUUAUGCUAUAAUAGAGUUUCUAUGUCCAACAAUUGUAUUUUAGACACAUUUUGUUUGAUCAGCACAUGAAAUUCAAAUCAAUCACCCACUCACCCUUAUUCUAUUGCUGAUUUUAUUUGACUUAAACACAUGUUUGAUCGGUUAAAGUGAACUGUCUCUUCUGUAACCCUUGAUGUACACCAUGACAAAGGGCAUGUUAUCAAUGUUAUUCCACCAGCUGUCAACCUGUGUACAGAACUUUAUGGAGUGUUUGCCCAGCACCCAUUGUGGAUGGAAGACAUUUUAUGACUUGAGCUCACUGCAGGAAGUAAUAACUUGCCCUGUAAAGUGAAAAAAGUUCAGCCCAUCAAGUGCAUGUUUUACCUUUGUCCAACUCGGUUGUUACUUUCACAUUGUAAAAAAAUAAAAUAAUCAUCUACCCUAGCCAGUAGCUCUUAUUACCAUCAGCUAUGAUUCAUGCACAAAGGAAACCAGCCGUGAGAUGUAUUUGGAUGUUUAAAACAUGUGGUUCCUGUAGCCUAUUUUUACUUGCGAAAAACCCAGCCACUCUGGAACUAUACAUCCUAAGAAAGUUGAUCAUUUGUUUCCUAUCUAAACAUUUAUCAGAUUUCCCCCCAUAUCAUCCAUGUUGAAGUCUCUUAUUCAUGGGCGAGGUGCCAGAUGCAUAAGUGCAUUGUAUAUAUUUUCUCAAAGCUCAUGUUUUUAAAAGGUUUUUUAAAAAAUGUAUUUUUUUCAACGGUUCUUACGAAAUGUGCGUAUAUCGUAUGAAGGUUGUUUUUUUCUUUCUCAGGUACUUUGGUGGAAGGAUGACUUUUUCCUCUGUCCAAUCAGAUUUUGUUUUGAUAAUUUCCUGUCCUUUAUUAAUGGAUCUCUUUUAAAAAGAUGUAUACAGAUUUAUCUAAGUGUGAUUAUCGUAGUUUAGCCUAUCAUCACAGGCUCUUUUAAGAGUCUUUGGUGAAAUUGCGUAAAGUACUUUUUCUAAUGUUAUGCUGCACUAUUAAAACUGAAGAUUUUCA